GCCACUCAUUUCUCUUGCAAGAGCCUAGGGGUUGAGAAAGAGACAUAGAGAAUGAGUCACAGCCUGCAUAUCAGUUCCUUUCUAAAGGGGUAUUCAGUGGAUCGGAAAUCCCGGAAGCUGAGAAGCGACACGCACCAAACAUAUAAGAGCAAGCAUUCCUAUUCCGAAGCAUCUUCGGAAACACCUUCCAUAUCAGCUAGCUUCUUUCAUAUUGGAGAAGUCACAUUUCCCGGAACUAAAAUCUUCUGAUCAGUUGUUUCUUUUCCAAUAUUUUUGCAGAGCCAUCCAUACAGCAGUCCCUACUAUUAUACCAAACAAAUACUAGAUCCGCUACGAUGUCUUCUCUGGGAUUAGUAGAUGAAAUUUCUACACAGAGUGAUGUAGUACACGUCGUCACAGCCAAGCUAGAUGGUGUUUCGGAUGUAGAAACGCAAUUGGAUCCAAGUACAGUCAUGGUCAAGGAGAACAAUGAGGUGGAAGUGGACAAAAAUCCAAGUUCAGCUGCUCAAAGCUCGAAGGGCGAAGAAGUCUGGAAUAAUCCCGAACAGAACCCAAAUUGGCAAAGUGAAUCUCGUCUUUACUGUUCUAAGAACGGACGUCCACAUUGGGUGCUCAUUGACUUCGGCUACUUCACAUGCCCGUUAUGCGACGAUAAUCUGACACACCCUGAUCAUCCCAGCGCAUGGAAGACCUCCGAACAGAUUGGUACACAAGUUUCAGAGACUGACGACUCGCCCACAAUCUCAUUCGUUAUUGAAUACCAGGAUAGGGGAGGUAGUGUAAUUACCAACGAGCCAUGGGGGAAGCCAUUCGACCUACAAACCGCGAGGGGCACAAGUGCGAAGGCCAAGACGCCGAUCUUUCAGGUAAUUACGUUGCUAAGAACAACAAUUGAGGAAGAUAUUCGCAGGUUUCGAUAUGACGUUAAAGAGAUAAUGGAAGAAGGCAUCCUUGAGAAUCCCAAAAUUGGUGUGACGGUAUGGGGGGGUAGGAUGGUGAUAAAUUCACCGGACAUAAUAAAAGUCAUCGCUGAGGUAGUGUCCUACUAUCCAUCCGUGGACGUUGAAGGGGAUACAAUCAUCAUCGAUGAACCUUACCCAUUGAUUGCCCACCACCUGGAGCAGCUCGAAGCAUGGGGGGGAAGAACACAAGGCACUGCCACCGAAAAGCCAGCCAUCCUGACCACCAAUAGUCAGCCUAACCUCGAGUCAGAUAUUCCCAGCGCAAAUCCGAAAGAUACAACAGUGCAUCUCAACCUGCUUCUAGACUAUGUCAAGAACUCCGUAUAUAAGAAUGAUAUCAAAAACGAACUUGCACGAUACGGUACUAGCACGACAUGCACUUUCCGUAUGCUAUGGCUUCUUUUCAAGCCCGGCGACACUGUGUACUGUGAAACCGGAGAUGGCUUGGCUGCUUAUGUUGUAAGUGGCGUCAAAAUUGAUGGUGGAAUUCUUUCCGCAUCAACAAGAAAGAAUCCCUACGAGAUUAGUAUGUGGAGCUUAGAUUUCGAUGGUCGAUUUGUUGGAAGACGCUCCGAAACGGCAUUGAUUCCACAGUUCGAGGGAGAACGAGCUAUAACCAGUCUGAAAGUUUUUCCUUGUGGUUAUCUCGAUAGGAAAGACAAUGGGCAGACGCAGCGGCGACUGGAACAAAAUGGGAAGCUGUGGUAUGAAACGUUGAUUGGGAGACAGGUCUACUAUUCUGGGAGGCUGGCUGAUUCCAGAAACAAGAAUUAUCAUGGCCGCGCAUACGUCGAUAGCGUCUCUUACUACUCCGAAAACUCGUCCGAUGCACCAGAGAUUGGGGACGUUGGAGACAUGGGAAGAGGUUUGCCUAAAUGCUACUGUGAUAAGUGCCAGGGCCAGCGACCCCAUCCGGCGAAAAGGUUUAGAUGGGAAGCCUACGACGUUCUGGAUCCGUUCAAGAAUCAAAAUCUUAAGACAGAUGAGUCUGAAGAGCCUCCUAACCAUAGGUACCUGCUAUGCAAUCGUCACCUUUGGGGGAUCAUGCUGAAAACUAGAACCUGGGCGAGGCUCAAUGUGGCAAACUGCAGCUACCCAAAGGCCAAUGCUCGAGCGAUCGAGAACUUAGUGAUGCCUGAGGAGAGGAAAACCAUGAUAAAAGCUCUAGUUCAGAGAUUCACUAGCGAAAGCUCGAAAUCCAAAGGGUCUCGGCCUUGGUCGGCUGACCAUAUGGAGAACAAGGGUGAAGGUCAGAUAUUUCUGCUUCACGGCGGCCCCGGCGUGGGAAAAACAUUCACUGCUGAAUGCAUCGCAGAGUACACGGGUAGAGCUCUCCUGUCUCUGACGGGGGGAGACAUUGGGACCGAUGAAACCAAGGUGGAAGAGAACCUCGUUAAGUGGUUCAGAUUAUCUGAGACCUGGGGUGCCGUUAUGCUUAUAGAUGAAGCUGAUGUGUAUCUCGAAAGACGAGAGUUAGCGGAUCUCAAGCGGAAUAGCUUAGUGUCCGUUUUCCUUCGAUGUGUUGAAUACUACAGAGGAAUCCUUUUUUUGACGACUAAUCGGGUUGGAACGUUUGACGAUGCUUUCAUCUCGCGAAUACACGUAGUCAUUGCCUACGAGAACCUUGGGCCCAGAGAAAAGGAAAGAAUUUGGAAACAGUUCUUCAGCAAGCUAAGCGAAGAUCGACAAGAUAUGGCAGUGACUGCACGAGCAAAACGAUACGUUUUGGAAGAGAAUUUGAUCGAACUAGACUGGAAUGGACGAGAAAUACGGAACGCAUUCCAAACCGCGGUGGCACUCGCGGAAUAUCGCUUUCAGCAGAAAGAGGAUAAAGAAGAAGAUGAGGGACCAGUUCUGGAUCAGAGAGACUUCGAGCAAGUCUUGGACAUGACAUCCCAGUUCAAGAACUAUUUAGAGAGGGUUCAUGACGGGACAAUGGAUGAAAGAGCGCUCAGACAGAGGUCUCGCCUUGGACCGCAAUAGAGUAAAGUUGGGGCUGGGUAACGAAGUGAUUGACUGUGUUAGAAAUAUAAGACCUUACGGGUGGAUGGGUCAACCCUUCUGGAUAUAUAAAGGGGCGUUGGGCCCCCUCGAGAGUUGGAAAGUUAGGGUCAAUUGACUAAGUACUCUAUUGAGUCCUAUACACUCUGCCUACCUACUUGACUCUAACUAACCUUCUGCUCGCUGUGGGACAUAUACACCUGACAGACUGGGGAAAAGAGGACAUGCGACAAUAAUAUAUAGAUGGUGCAAGAUCAAACAGGUAAGUACAUUCGAUUUAUGAGAAACUUCACAGCUCCUAUGUACAUGUACGUCAAGGUAUUCAAAUCCGUUUACCGCGGAACUCGGUCACCCAGAGGCCUACCAUGGGUAGGAAGUAGGAUACUUAGCUGAUACAGUUUCGGCUUGGACAUUGUGUUCUAGUUUCAUAUUAGCAUUCUCAUACGCGAUUACUCAGUGGCACUACAGCAGGCAGACUAGAUGGCGGCGGUGAUUUGGGGAGUGUUAACAUUUCGGUUAGAUGUCAUCAUCUCAUCUUUCGGAAGU